AUGGGUGAUAAUUUAUUUGGCGAUUUUUUUCGCUCAUCAACUUCUUCUAAUUCUGCCAGAUUACAAGCCAUUUGUGCCAUGUUCACCUUGAUUCCAAUUUUGAUAUUCAUUUCAAAUGGACCAAAAGUAGCUUUAGCAACUCAAGAAGUAACUGUUUACCGAAUGAAUCAUCAUGAUUGGCUUGGUAAUCCUUAUGGAUCAAGAAGUUCAUUAAUGAAUUUGGAAAUGAGAACUGCUGCAACUCUAUCACGAAGUUAUGCAAAAAAGUGUCUUCUAUUGAAGAUUGAUGAAAUUAUAAAUUCAACAGAAAAUUUUGAAGAUUUUAUAACAAAUCCAAUGGUUGGUGGUAUGCUGAUCAUAAUUCCUGAUUCAUUUGCAAAGAUUGGAGAUGAAAAACGAUCCAAAUUAUUAACACUUGAAAAAAGUUUAAAUUCUCGUAGUUUUGAUAUACCAAUAUAUUUCGUAAAAGAAGACGCUAACUUAAUUUACAUGUAUCAAGAACUAUCGAAAGAAUCUACAGACGAAGCAAAAACCGAUCAAUUUAUUGGUGCCGAUAUAUUAAAUGCCAUAACGUUAGAUGGUUAUCAAUUAUCUAUUUCUGGUCCUCCACCUAAACCUAUCAAUGAACCAAUAAUCACUAAUAUUGAAACAAAACUAGUAGGAAGUAAACCUGAUGACCAAUCAACUAUCGUUGUUGUUGCCCAUAAUGAUGCUUUCGGUAUUUCACCUGGACUUUCCUUUGGUGGCGAUUCAAAUGGAAGUGGUGUUGUGGCUUUACUCGAACUUGUCAGAAUAUUCUCUAAACUCUAUGCUACACGAAAAGUGAAACCGUCAUUCAAUUUAGUUUUCUUACUUUCUGGUGCUGGUAAAUUUAGUUAUCUUGGUACUAAAAAAUGGAUUGAAGAACACAUGGAUAUUAAAGAAUCUGGUCUACUUGGUGAUGUUCAAGUAUCAAUUUGUUUAGAUUCUCUUGGUUCUUUACCCGAUAAUUCAAUAUAUGCACAUGUACCACGAGUUCCUAAAGAAACUACAACAACAUUCAAACUAUUCAAUCAUCUUUCUGAAAUUGCAUCAAAAAAAGAUAUAAAUGCUACAUUUGUCCCUAAGAAAACUUUCCUUUCCGAUGAUCUUCUUAAUUGGGAACAUGAUCGAUUCAUUCAAAGACGAAUACCUGCUUUAACAUUAUCUUCAUUACAAAAUCCUAAAUCACUGAGUCGUAAUAAAAUUCAGUAA